GGAGGAGAGGGAGGAGAGGACGGGACGGGACAGAGAAAGCACCACACGCUGCCCAGAUCAGGAAACCCUGCAUUGUCUCUGCGCCCUAUAUAUAGGGGCCCCCGAGGCAGUCGUGUGCCCGACCUGCAGCCUCCACUCUCCUGCCGUCGGGGAAGGCGCUAUCCUUGCGCUCCAAGGUGGGCUGCUCCCAAAGCGAGAUCGUCGCCUCUGGCUCAGGAUGUCUCCCAAAACGGCCUCCUCUUCGCCAGCCUCGACCACCAGCGAGGGGGAGCCGCCCUCGUCAGGUAUCUCCGACGACGACGCCUCCUUCGCCUCGUCUUCCCCUUUGCUGGGCGCCGGCGGCAGCCUGCCUUCGUCUCCCAGCCCCUGCCUGCUCCUGGUCGAGGUGGGCGCGCGGGCGGCGCGCGGCGGCCCGGCGAAAGGGCGUCGGGGCCGAGGGCCCGGCAAGGGCGAGGGGCUGGGCCCCAGCAAGGCCAAGCGGAGCCGGCGCAUGAAGGCCAACGACCGGGAGCGCAACCGGAUGCACAACCUGAACUCGGCGCUGGACGCGCUGCGAGGCGUCCUGCCCACCUUCCCCGACGACGCCAAGCUGACCAAGAUCGAGACGCUGCGCUUCGCGCACAACUACAUCUGGGCGCUCACCGAGACCCUCCGCCUGGCCGACCAGAAUCUGGCCGGUGCGGGGCCGGGCCCCGAGGUGGGCCCCGCUUUCCAGCAGCUGGGCGCCGGCUGCGACAGCCUGGCUGCCUGGCCCGCUUGCUGCCAGUGGGACGCCGCCUCGCUGGACUCGCCCGGCUCGCAAGAGGGCAGCCUCAGUCCCACGGACUCCUUCCAGGCGCCCCCCGGCGGGGGCCCUCUCCGACUCAGGCGCCCCCCGGAGCGCGCGGUCUUCCCGGACUUCGUCUGAGCUGCCUAGUCUUGCCCGAGAUCCCCUCCUCGACGGACUUCGUGCGCCCAUGAACUGGGGCGGCUCGGCCGCUCGGCUCCUUGCCCAAGCAGGAGA